AUGAAAGUUUCCGCUGUAUUCAUUGCCGCUUCCAGAGCUUUUUAUGUGAAUGAUGAUAUUGAAGAGUUCAAGAGCAUUUUGGAGAAUUUAGACGGCGACCAUGCUGAUUUACUUACUGAAAAAGCCGAUUCUUUGUACAAUCAGCUCGUUUCCGCUCAAAAUGUGGUCGAUUUCGAACAGCUCUUUUCGCAGUCAAAGGCGCUUGCGUUCAAGGAGAUUAUCAAUCAAUCUCUUGCAGCAAAUUUGGACGUGUUCCGCGCGGAGAAAGGGGUCAACGUUGGAAUUGAAGAUGCAAACAAAUUGUCCGGAUACGGCUGCUACUGUCUUCCUACGGAUUCUUCAGGAGAACACGCUUUUCACGGCGAUCCUGUCGAUCCGCUUGACAAUCUUUGCAAGCGCCUUCACAGCUGUUACAAAUGCGCCACCAUCACUUAUCCAACUUGCUCUUUUACGAAACCUUACCGAGUAGACAACGGACAAUGCGUCUCUCCUCUCAAAACAUGCAAGGGGGAUUUGUGCCAGUGUGACAUGGACUUUGCCAUGGAGCUCCAGAAAGUUCAGCAUCACUGGUCCGAGGAAUUCGUCGUUCGAAAUGGUUUCGAUCGUGAAGCUCGUUGCCAGAAGCGAUCGCUAAAUAGAACCAACCAGAAAAAAAGCGGACCUGGCCCAUCUACGAACAAUUUCCACUGCUGCAAUCGAGGCUUGAACGCAAAGAUCUUCAACCCUGAAGUUUGGGACUGUUGCCCUGAUGGAAGUGUCGCUCACGCUGGAACAUGCGCGGAAGGCGGUUUCAUCAAAGUCAUUGGUCUCCCUUGGUCUGUCUUCUUGUAG